CACUGGUUUCCACAGAUCCAACUGCCUGAUUUUUUCAUUGAACCAAAGCCACGAAUAUGGUUUUAAAAUGAAGUACAAAAUGGCUACAAGGGCAUACACUGAGAGCACCAGCAGAAUACUACAUUCUUAAUCUGAGAAAACAAUUAUGGCUGCAGUCACCACCCAAGCUUCGGUAGCCGGUAUCAGGCCGUGUGCCUCGAAGACGAGGUUCCUCACCGGAUCAUCGGGGAGAUUAAACCGUGAGGUCUCGUUCAAGCCGGUGGCUUCAGGCUCAUUCAAAGUUGAAGCCAAGAAAGGCCAGUGGCUACCUGGCCUAGCUUCCCCUGGUUAUCUAGAUGGCAGUCUUCCAGGUGACAAUGGAUUUGAUCCUUUGGCGCUAGCUGAGGACCCCGAGAACUUGAAAUGGUUCGUUCAGGCAGAGCUUGUUAACGGACGAUGGGCUAUGUUAGGAGUUGCUGGAAUGCUACUACCUGAGGUUUUCACCAAGAUUGGUCUGAUCAAUGCUCCGGAAUGGUACGAUGCUGGAAAAUCCGAGUACUUUGCAUCGUCAUCGACCCUGUUCGUGAUCGAGUUCAUCUUGUUCCACUAUGUAGAGAUCAGGAGGUGGCAAGACAUCAAGAACCCUGGAAGCGUAAAUCAGGAUCCCAUCUUCAAGAGCUACAGUUUGCCACCAGGUGAAGUUGGUUACCCAGGCGGUAUCUUCAACCCUCUGAAUUUCGCGGCUACUGAAGAGGCUAAAGAGAAAGAGCUUGCCAAUGGAAGACUGGCAAUGUUGGCAUUCUUAGGGUUUGUGGUUCAACACAAUGUGACCGGAAAAGGACCAUUCGAGAACCUUCAGCAGCACCUAGCUGACCCAUGGCACAACACAAUUGUUCAAACUUUCAGCGGCUCACCAUAGGCUAAAAUCUCCGGACAAGAGUCGAUUUAAGAAAAAAAUCAUGUUCAUUUGUAUUGUAAACCAUGAAUACAUGAUUUUUGACCGAAAAUUUGCUUUAUUGCGUACCUUUAGUUUCAAUGUACAGAAGUAAGAUUGCAAUAUUUUUCUACAA